GUGACAAAUAAAUUAUAUCAAAAUAUAACAGCUCUUACAAGUUAAAUAUCGAUGAAAGAUGUGGUAGUCUAAUACAACCUGCUACGUAAAAUGGCGAAAACUGUUAAACCUGUCCCUUGUGGACCAGGACAUAAAAUGCCCAUUGUAGGCUUCGGCACCUGGUUAGCUACUGACCCGACUGAAUUGGAACUUGCGUUGAACACAGCUUUGGAGGUAGGUUACCGCCAUAUCGAUACAGCAACCGUAUACAACAACGAACAUAUAAUUGGCAAGGUUAUAUCUCAAUGGAUCUGUUCUGGAAAAUUAAAGAGAGAAGACCUUUUUAUCACAACCAAACUUCCAUUUCAUGGAAUUCAUCGUGACAGAGUAGAAAAAUAUUUAACUCAGUCUCUUCAGAAAUUAGCAGUAGAGUUUGUUGAUUUAUAUUUAAUCCAUUUUCCUUUCGGAAAGAGUGAAUCUGAUGAUACCGUAGUAUACGAAGAAGAAGAUCACAAGGGCAUAUGGGAAGCAAUGGAGGAACAAGUUUGGGCUUGUAGAACUAAAAGUAUCGGUCUGUCCAAUUUUAAUAAAAGUCAAGUUGCUAAUUUGCUGACAUUCUGUGAGAUAAAGCCAGCCAAUCUUCAAAUAGAGUUGAACGUUUUUCUGCAACAACCAGAACUGGUAGAGUUUUGUCGACAGAACGAAAUUGGAGUAACUGCGUACUCUCCGCUUGGAAAUCCUGGUUAUAACAAAUUUUUAAAGAGCCUUGGAUUCCAAGAAAGACAGUUGUUCAGCGUUCUAACCAACCCCGUUGUUGCCGAUAUUGCCAAAUCGCACCAAAGAAGUACUGCACAAAUAGCAUUAAGGUUCUUAAUGCAAAAAUAUAUCGUUAUUAUUCCAAAAAGUGUGACGCCUUCUAGAAUUAGCGAAAAUUUUGAUGUGUUUGAUUUCGUUUUAGACGACGAGGAAAUGAAAAGACUUGAAAGCCUGAAUAUAGGUGAAGAAGCUCGUAUUGUCGAUUGGAAGAUUUUUCCAAAUAUUGAAAACCACCCUGCUUAUCCUUUUGGUAAAGGUUAAAAUCUCAUGUUUUAAUAUUUUUAGUUGACAAUAUAGAAACUUACUU